AUCUCUGUUCUACCUCUCCCUUAAACUGUUGUCACACACUUCUUUCUCCACCUAUUAGAAGAAGACGCCGGAAAAUGGCUACCUCCAGCAUGGCAUCGGCUGCUGCUGGGUUCCUCCUCACACCCAACGUUACCGGAAAUUCAAGCUCUGUUUCUAGGCCCAACAUGUUGUCUUUCCCUUUGAGGACCAACAGUUCAAGGUUUGUUCUAAGGGCAGCUGAGGAAGCAGGGGCGCCUGCACCAGCCACCACCACCACCGAACCAGGAAAAGGGCCGGAAGCACCACCCAAACCAAAACCUGCUCCAAUCGGACCCAAAAGAGGCGCCAAGGUGAAGAUUCUUAGGAGGGAAUCCUACUGGUACAAGGGAAUCGGAUCUGUUGUAGCAGUAGACCAGGAUCCAAAUACUCGCUACCCAGUUGUGGUUCGAUUCGACAAGGUGAAUUAUGCAAAUGUAUCAACGAACAACUAUGCUUUGGAUGAGAUUGAAGAGGUUAAAUGAGGAUAAUGAAAUGUAAUUUUUCUCUUUGAUGUUCAUAAUGUCUGUGUUUCUCUGCAUUAAGCUUUUCUGUGCCAGGAAUGUGUACCAUAUACUCUGUAUUCCCCUGCUUCUUCCUAUUUAUUAUGAUUCCACAACCGACACUGGAAUUUGAUUAAUAAUUGAAAAAGUGAGAGUUUUGUUUACGUUUAUAUGUAACAAAUUAUCACUGAAAAA